CGGAGGACACCGUCCGCCCGAGUCCAGCCUUCAGCGGGGAGGGAGAGAGGGACUUCUUCUUCCAGGGUAGCUGGACUGACCAACUCGUUAUUUGUCCGUCCGCGUCUGUGCGAGGAGGAGGAGAGGAGGAGGAGAGGUGCUGAGUGAGGAGGUGCUGAAUCUGAUCAUCCCCUCUUGGAGCGACCACACGCCUUUUCCCUGUGUCGGUGGCUGCGGUGAAAGUCGUCCACGAUGCCGGUGUUUCACACCAAGACCAUCGAGAGUAUCCUGGAGCCGGUGGCCCAGCAGAUCUCCCACCUGGUCAUCAUGCACGAGGAGGGCGAGGUGGACGGCAAAGCCAUCCCGGACCUGACGGUGCCGGUGGCGGCGGUGCAGGCGGCCGUCAGCAACCUGGUGCGGGUGGGGAAGGAAACAGUCCAAACCACAGAGGACCAGGUGAUGAAAAGAGACAUGCCUCCUGCUUUUAUUAAGGUGGAGAACUCAUGCUCGAAGCUCGUCCAGGCGGCUCAGAUGCUUAAAGCAGAUCCAUACUCUGUUCCUGCACGAGAUUACCUGAUCGAUGGAUCCAGGGGUAUACUUUCUGGAACUUCAGACCUGCUCCUUACCUUCGAUGAGGCAGAGGUGCGUAAAAUAAUCCGAGUGUGUAAAGGUAUCCUAGAGUAUCUGACAGUAGCUGAAGUGGUGGAGACCAUGGAGGACCUCAUCACUUACACGAAAAACCUCGGACCAGGAAUGACCAAAAUGUCAAAGAUGAUUGAGGAGAGGCAGCAGGAGCUGACACACCAAGAACACAGACAGAUGCUCGUCAGCUCCAUGAACACCAUCAAAGAGCUGUUGCCGGUCCUUAUCUCAGCUAUAAAGAUUUUUGUCACAACCAAGAGCAGUCGAGGUGCUGGUGUGGAGGAGGCAGAGAAGAACCGGAGGUUCACCUUUGAAAAGAUGAGUGCAGAAAUCAACGAGAUCAUACGAGUUUUACAGCUCACAACUUGGGAUGAAGAUGCCUGGGCCAAUAAGGAUAUGGAGGCUUUAAAGAGAUCUCUGGCUUUGAUUGAAUCAAGGAUGGCGCAGGCUAAAGGCUGGCUCAAAGACCCUCAUGGACAGCCAGGGGACUCUGGGGAGGUGGCAGUGCGUGUCAUACUGGAUGAAGCCGGCAAGGUGGGAGAGCUGUGUGCCGGGAAGGAGAGGAAAGAUAUACUCGCGACCACUAAAGCUCUGGGGCAAAUGACAGACCUGGUCGCAGAUCUGCGAGCAAGAGGCCAGGGCCCGACACCGGGAUGUGUGCAGCGUGCAGCCCAGUGCUCUCAGGGCUUGGAUUUAUUAUUUGGCAAAGUGGACAAUGCUGCGCGCCGACUGGAGGCUCUAAUCAAUGCCAAGCAGGCCAUUGCCAGGAGGCUGGACGCUGCACAGGCAUGGCUCGCUGAUCCCCACGGCGGCCCCGAGGGGGAAGAGAACAUCCGAGCGCUUCUAGCUGAGGCCAAACGCAUCGCAGAUCUGUGUGAAGACCCCAAAGAGAGAGAUGAUAUCCUGCGCUCCAUCAGUGAGAUUGCAGGACUCACCGCCAGGCUUGUGGAGCUGCGCAAACAGGGUAAAGGCGACACCCCGGAGGCUCGUGCACUGGCUAAGCAUAUUGGAGCAGCACUGCUGACUCUGCAGUCCAAAACCAACCGGGCUGUGGCCAACAUGAGACCGGCCAAGCCUGCCGUCACCUUGGAGGGCAAGAUGGAGCAGGCGCUCCGCUGGGUGAACAACCCAGGAGUGGACGACAGAGGUGUAGGCCAGGCAGCAAUCAGAGGGAUGGUUGGGGAAGGGAGGAGGCUGGCAGGAGGCCUGCUGGGCCCGUAUCGACAGGAUAUGAUUGGCCGCUGCGACCGAACAGAGGCACUGAUGACAUCUUUGGCAGAUAUGGCGAACAGGGGGGAGGCUGAAGCUCCUCAUGCACGAGCGACAGCUGCACAACUUCAGGGUACUCUCAAGGACCUGAGACAACACAUGCAGGAGGUGAUGACCCAGGAGGUAUCGGAUGUUUUUAGCGACACCACCACCCCAAUUAAGAUGCUGGCUGUGGCUGCAACUGCCCCCCCCGAUGCCCCCAACAGAGAGGAGGUUUUUGAAGAGCGUGCAGGAAACUUUGAGACACACGCAGGCCGGUUAGGAGCGACCGCUGAGAAGGCCGCUGCCGUGGGAACCGCCAAUAAAAUUACAGUGGAGGGCAUACAUGCUGCCGUGAAACACGCCAGGGAGCUCACACCACAGGUGACCUCCGCUGCUCGGAUCAUGCUGAAGAAUCCUGGAAACAAAGCAGCAUAUGAGCAUUUUGACACCAUGAAGAACCAGUGGAUUGACAAUGUGGAGAGACUCACUGGUCUGGUUGACGAAGCCAUCGACACAAAAUCCCUGUUAGAUGCUUCUGAGGAGGCUAUAAAGAAAGACAUUGACAAGUGUCGAGUUGCUAUGGCAAACGUUCAGCCCCAAAUGCUUGUUGCCGGGGCAACAAGCAUUGCGAGACGAGCUAAUCGGGUCCUGUUGGUGGCCAAGAGGGAAGUUGAAAACUCUGAAGAUCCACGGUUCAGAGACACAGUGAAACACGCCUCAGACAUCCUCUCACACACUAUUUCCCCCAUGGUGAUGGACGCGAAGGCAGUGGCUGGGAAUAUACAGGAUAAAGCUCUGCAGAAAGCUUAUUUGGACUCAUGUCUGAGGAUCCUGGCUGCAGUAGGAAAAGUGAGAGAAGCCUUCCAGCCUCAGGAGCCCGACUUCCCUCCUCCGCCUCCUGACCUGGACCAGCUUCACGUCAGUGAUGAGCAGGCUCCACCCAAGCCCCCUUUGCCAGAAGGUGAAGUGCCUCCACCUCGGCCCCCUCCCCCGGAGGAAAAGGAUGAGGAGUUCCCGGAGCAGAAGGUGGGCGAGGUUCUCAGCGAGCCCAUGAUGGUGGCAGCCAGGCAGCUGCACGACGAAGCGCGCAAGUGGUCAAGCAAGCCUGAGGAUGUGGAGGCAGUAGAGGAGAGGGAUGUAGAUGAUGAAGAUGAGUUUACUGAUGGUGAGGAUGACUAUGAGCCAGAGCUGCUGAUGAUGCCGUCCAACCAGCCUGUCAAUCAACCCAUUCUGGCAGCUGCUCAGGCUCUGCACCAGGAGGCGCGCAAGUGGUCCAGCAAGGGUAACGAUAUCAUAGCAGCGGCCAAGCGCAUGGCUCUGCUGAUGGCAGAAAUGUCUCGACUGGUGCGUGGAGGAAGCGGGAAUAAGCGAGCCCUGAUCCAGUGUGCCAAGGACAUCGCCAAGGCCUCGGAUGAGGUGACGAGACUGGCCAAAGAAGUAGCUAAGCAGUGCACCGACAGACGCAUCAGAACUAACCUGCUGCAGGUGUGUGAGCGAAUCCCAACCAUCAGCACUCAGCUGAAGAUCCUGUCUACUGUCAAAGCCACCAUGCUGGGCCGAACAAACAUCAGCGAAGAAGAGUCGGAGCAGGCUACGGAGAUGUUGGUCCAUAACGCCCAGAAUCUGAUGCAGUCGGUGAAGGAGACUGUCAGAGAAGCAGAAGCCGCCUCCAUCAAGAUCCGCACGGAUGCAGGAUGCACCCUCCGCUGGGUGCGGAAAACCCCUUGGUACCAAUAAAACUACAAGGACACUGACUCUAGUAACAACCUUCACCUUGAAUCGGUAGCACAAACCUCGAGUAAAAGUAGCACUCAGUGCUCUCAUUGUUAGACAGCACUUCAAGAGGAAACAGCAGGACUUAUUUUCUCCAGCGUAGUUUGGGUGCAAACAGCAGAAAGCAGUAGAUUUGGUGCCAUGUAGGUUUUAUUUACUGGAGUGAGUUCAGCUUUGCCCUCUUGUAUCUGCUACUGUGGAAUAAUGCAGGCUUAUCAUCGGAGACCGUUUUUAAAUAUAUAUUUUUGGUAUGUUUUGUCUCAAGACUUUAAUCCAGAUCCCAGGCAUAUAUUUUUUGCAUGAAAUGUUUUUUCUAUUUUAUAAAAGGC